GGAAAGGGAGGUACUUGUACUGUAAACAAUGGAUGUGUCAUAUAUCGAAGUGGAUAUUUCCUUUCAGUAAGCUACAGCUGGGAUACCAUAUACCAUAUAUUGAGAUGAAUUAAACAUGUAUUCGAUAUAUAAUGAUAGCUAUCUAUCCAUAAAUUGCUGUUUGUAUAUACGGUUUAGGUUUGUAUUAACGUUACCCAACAAAGUACCCCCCACCGCUACUGAACGGUUUAGCCCAAAUCGAACCGCAAGCCAGCUGUGGUCUUGGACCUUUAAAAAUACUAAAGUGCCGUCAGCUAAUUAGACUCAACCUCCUUUACAAACGACUCUUUUGGUGUAUAACCUAGUCUCCCACAGCGGAGACGUAAAAAAGCGCUAUCCCACCAUGCCUGGGAAUGAUGAGCGGCCCACCUCCAUGUCCACCACUGUUAGCGAGGAUGCCAGCAGCGACGCUGAGUCGUCAUCGGACCGCUGUAACAGCAUCACGUCUGCCAGCGACUUUGACUGCUCCCGCCAAAGCUUCACCAGUGACUGCUCCAGCAGCAAGCACAGCUCGCCCUCAUCCAGCCCGCCCAAAACUAUAACACUGGAUGAUGUCAUUUCUUCUGCCCGGGACCUGUCCAACCUGACCCUGGCCCACGAGAUCAUUGUCAACCGUGACUUCCAUGUGGAGCAGCCCCACCUACCUCAGAACAGUUUGGAGAAGCAAGUCAAAUAUAUAGUUCACAAGGCUUUCUGGGAUGGCCUGGAGUCUGAGCUGAAUGAUGACCCACCAGAGUAUGAGCACGCCAUCAAACUGCUGGAGGAGAUCAGAGAGAUCCUGUUGUCGUUCCUGAGCCCGGGAGCCAAUCGGCUACGGACUCAGAUCCUGGAGGUGCUGGACAUGUAUCUGAUUCGCCAGCAGGCGGACAAGGAAGCGGUGGACAUACACGGCCUGGCCUCUUACAUCAUCACCAUCAUGGGCAAGCUGUGUGCCCCCGUCCGUGACGAUGAGGUCAAGAAGCUCCGCGAGAGCCCCGACAAUGUUGCGUCAAUGUACAAGGAGAUCUUCCGGGUGCUGGACCUGAUGAAGAUGGACAUGGUGAACUUUACCAUCCAGAGCCUGCGGCCCGAUCUGCAGAGGCAGUCAGUGGAGUAUGAGAGGGCCAAGUUCCAGAGCAUCGUGGAGAAGACUCCCAGUGCAUUGGACCAUACCACUGAGUGGAUCAAGUCCUCUCUGGAGGAAGUGCUUUUCUCCAUGCCAACCGUGGAGCAGCCCAACGGCCAUGGGAAGGUGGGGAAAGCCCUGCCAAGUCCCCUCCUGGUCUUCAACAGUGGAUUCAUCUGCCUCCUCACCUGGGACUACCACAAGAGCCCACUGCCUGAAACCCUGAUGACAGACGAGGUGCGUCUGCGGGAGCUCCAGCGGAGGCUCCAGCUGCUAAAGGCCGUGGCCUCCGUGCUGCUCAUUGUCUACAGCGCCAUCGGAGGGCCCAUCUCGGGGCUGCCCACACUGGCCGAGCGCCUCAAGAGGAUGACUAGCGUGCUCCUGGAGGGCAUGCACCUCCCGGACUUUAACCUGUCAGAGGCUCUGGGGAACGUCAGUGGUCAGAUCUGCUGUGAGCUCAACAAGUCCCUGACUGAGAGGAACUACCCAGCCUUGCCCCCAGAACUCCAGGUCACACUCAAGGGCCAGAUCACCAGCAUCACCCAGGAAAACAACCCUAUCCGCAGUCUUGUGGAGGGAAGGGUCCAGCAGUACUUCCGAGUGCUCCUCGCCACGCCCAACUCUCACGUGAAUCCGCCCCCGACGCCCGGAGGCCUGGCCCUGAUCCAACCGGAGCUCACCUCCUUGGCGGUCACCUUCGUCAGCCUGGUCAACUUCAACAAGCAGGUCUACAGCCCCUUCUACAUGAUGAUCCUCAAGACCCUGCUCUUCAGUAACGCGGCGCCUCCACCGGCAGCCACCGCACCUCAGGACCCCAGCAUACAGAACCCUGUGAACUCCAACUAGGACCGCCAACAUACCUACCGAGCCAGGAGCAAUACAAAGCUGGAGCUGACAACACCUUAUUUGAAAAAGGGGUGAAGAAAGGAAUGACUUAGCAGCUACCUAAAUCCACCCCCCCAGUGCUCGUUCUGAUUCCUUGAGGCUGCAAUCGCCACGUUUCAUAGACUUUAUGACAAAAGGGAAAGGCCUAUAUAUUUAGAAUCAUGUCGCCCAUUUUUAUAACGUUACAUUUCAUAUGCUUUAUGCUGUGCAUAAAAAUUGAUCUAUAACUGUUUGUUACACGUUGACAAAUCCAGAACACAAAAUGCUAUAUUAUUCAUUCUAUUAGCUUAUUCAUUGAAGUGCCACCGUUUGAAUAGAAAUAUAAAAAGUUUGUUUUUAACUUAUGUCGGCUUGUGAUAACUCGCCAUUAAACUGGUUAGGGCUCGGGAAAUGUCAUCUUGAUUGAAAACAAGAGACAUGUUUUAAUUGUUGCUUUCCAACAUGUCGAAGACAUGUUUAAAUCACUUGAGCUAAAUUAGGAGACUUAAAAUAUAUAUAUAUAUAUAUAUAUAUAUAUAUAUAUAUUAUAUAUAUUAUAUUAUAUAUAUAUAUAACUUUUUUGGGGCGGGGGACCCUGAUUAAUUGAUAUGAUUAUGGAAUCACUAAAUCUGAUGGAUUCUGACCUUUGACCUUUUGGAGAUAAAUAUAAUGCAUGUUUUAUUUUGUGUUAACAUUCGUUGGAAAAUGUUUUGUAUGUUAGACCUUGCAUAGUAUUCAAUAAUUUUGUUGGGUUGUUUGAAUGUGUUGACUUAAUGUAGAUUUUUGUUUUGUUAUUUUGUGUCAGUGGAUUUAUAAAGUUGCGUGCUUUAUACCUUCAAGGUACCAGUAUUAGUUGUCCUUCUAUACCUAUAUUUCCCUAAAAGCUAUCCAACAGCUGUAUGUUUCUGGACAUGUUAUGUAAUAUCUUAUCUUUUGGUUUAGAACUCAAGUCAUGAGAGGUGCUGAAGGUGUUUUGAAAUGUCUAAAACUUCCCACAAUGGAACUUUUUGGCGCAGAAUAAACAUUGUAUGUUGUUAGCUUUUAAAAUUCACUUGAAUAAAUACAUUUUUAUCUUCUCA